AUGGAGUACUGCGCUUUGAAAGGAUUCCUAGUGGUUUUAAUAAUACAAGGUCUGAUGACCUCUAUCCAGUCCUCCACUGAGGGCACCCACUAUGGACGGACCUCACCACAGGAACCAGAGCUAACCUCUGCAGGGGUGGCACCAGCAGUACUGUCCCCUCCUAGCCUGAAGGAGGUGCAGCAAGCUGUGCAGGAAGCCUCAGAGCAAGUGGAGGGUCGUAGGACAGAGGAAGUGCUGAAACAACUGCUGGAGAAGGUGGUGGAGGUCGCUCUCGGACAAGCGGAUGGAGGGAGUGAUGCAAAAGUGGAUCCGGGCACAGUCCAGAAAGCAGCUGAGGAAGAAGCUGACUUUGAGGCAGAAGUGCUGGAGCAGAAAGUGGAGGAUGAAAAUAUGGGCAUCAGUGAAGAAGAUGCUGGUGUUGAAGAGAAGCAAGAUGAAGCAGGGGUGGAUGCAUCUGAAGAUGUAACUGAUAGAGGAGUUGUCAUGGAAGAGCAUGAAACAGCAGCUGGAUCUGUGGAGAAAACCACAGCAGGUGUAGAAACUGGAGUCAGAGAAGCAGACACUGUGAGGGUUAUUGAUGAGACUCUAGGAACUGAAUUCAGUGAUGAGGUUGUAGAAGGAGUUGGAGCCACUUUAGACGAGACAGGAGAGGAUUCAGCUGUAAUGGCAAAAGUUCAGGAGGACAACAAAGAUCAGGCUGUGCUGUCAGAAGAAAAAGGUGCAACACUAACAGAAAUACAGGAGACAAAGGAAACUCUGGAUGUUGAGGAGGUGGCAGUACACAGAGAGCCUGAACUCAAUCUUGGAGAGGCUGAUGUGGAACAAAUAGGAGAUAAGAAAGAAACUUGGCUAGACAAAACAGCAGGUGAGACAAUAGCGCUGCUUUUGGACAAUUAUCAGAUAGAAGCCACACAAACUGCAGUCAGAGAGCCAAUACUUGAGGAGGAAGAUGUAAACAUAGCUAAAGAGCCAGAUGGACCAGAAGAAAAACAAGAACAAGGUCAUUUAGUGGAGGAAGGAGCUUCAGUAGAGGUAGAAUUAGGAGGUACAACUGUGGGGGAAGCAAAAGUAGAUGACAGAGAUGGAGAGAGCGUGAUCAAGAGGAAAUCAGUGGUGCUCGUGAAUAAAAGAGAUGGCCAAAAAGAAGAAGCAGAAGAGGAGCAGCUUGCUUCGGAGACUUCAAUUGACAGUACAAAAAAGGAUCAAGAUGUGGUGGGGAUCUCUGGCCCAGAACCUGAUGGUGGUGCUGAAACCACCAUAUUGCAGAGCUCUGAGAACCAGGCUUCCACUGUGGAUUUAUUCCUCAUUGAUGUGGAGACUGAAGAAAGAAACCUAGAUGAUGAGAAAUUUAACAGCAAUGAGAUCAUCACCCCGACCAAUGACCUUUCCCUGUAUGACCCAGCUGAUGCCCAUCCUACACUGGAUAAUUUUAUGAAUGAUGAUCUAGCCGAACACCCGAGGACUGAAGGAGAGGCAUUGGGGGAGACCAAUGAGCUAGUUAAAGAUCCAGAAUCAACUGAAUUAGGCUUGGAACCAUGGAAAAUCGGAGCUGUUACUGCUGCAGUUUUCCUGGUUUUGCAGACUGCUGUCAUCAUUAUCUAUAUCGUCAAACGUAGUCACAAAAACAACAGCCUGCCCCGACAGCGUGCAUGUGAGGAAGAGUGUGUUGAACCAGAGGCAACUACAGGAGAUGACUACAGUGAUGAUACACUGCCUGCGGGCAAUGGUGACCCUCAACAGAUGGCUGCAGUUGACCCAGCUAAUAUGGCUUCAACCCUGGCCAAAAUAAAUGACCAGCAAGGAGAUGAGCAUGCAAUAGCUAUGUCAGACCUCCCACCCAGCUCUACAGAUGAGUGGGCCAAUAUUGGACCAGGACCAAAUUCCUCACAAGACCUCAGGACUUCCUUUCUCUAGGGGGUCCAACUGUUUCCUCAUUCAUGCUAUAUCUAAAUUAAGCUCAGUGAGCACAAAAAUUUCAUACCCUAACCAAACCCAGUAGUGACUGUCUCACAUUCCCAAGUGUAUUAACUACUGUAUAAUCAUCUUACACUUAGUGCAUAUGACUUUAUUUGUGUU